AACCCCAAAUCAGUUGUGAUUUAACCUCCGGAGAAAUGAGGUGCGUUUUGUUCUGUAUUAUUCUGACUCUCUACGUGGGAGUUAGAGGUGAUUCGUUUAAGCGAAAGGCAUUUGUCAGGCAGCCGAAAUGCUUGUACUUGGUGGAUCCGGGACCUUGUCACGGCAAAUUUCAGGUCUAUGGCUUCGAUCCCUUCGCCAACAUUUGCAGCUUAUUCACAUACGGCGGUUGCGGAGGAAAUCCGAAUCGAUUCGGCGAUUAUUCGCACUGCUCGAGGGAUUGUCUUGUGAGGGCGAAGGAAACUGAACCUGACGAUUCGUAUGGCGAGGAAAUCGAGGAAGAGGAAGAGGAGGAAGAGGAGGAUUACGAGGAGGAAGACGAAGAGGAAGACAAAGAUAAAGGAGACGAGAAAGAAAAAGAAAAAGAAAAGGAAGAUGAAGACAAAGACAAAGGGGAUCAUACCGACGAAAAGAAAGACGACUCGAAAGAAGUCUCAGAGAAGGAAAAAGAAGAGAAAAACGAAGAAAAAGAAGACGAAGGCAAGGAUGAGGAUGAUGACGACCUCGCAAAAGAAAACACAGACGAAAAAAAGGAAAAAGAAAAACAAAAGACAGAUGAAGAUGAAGACGAAGACAAGGACAAAGGUGAUUAUACCGACGAGUACAAGGACGACUCUUUCGAGUCUCCUUUCGGAGACCAAAGCAAAAUUAGAAAUAAACAAAAACCAAAAAAAAAGAAAGGCCAAGCUGAAGAUGAUGAUUUUGACAACAAUGACGAAUUUGAUGAUUUUGAUUCUAGUAAUGAACAGAACACAAAAUUAAGAAAUGGUUACAGUAAACAACUGAAGACAAAUGAUAAAAAUAUGGAAUAUGGAAACGACAAUCACGUUAACGAUCCAUCAAAGCGACGUAAAGGGAUACAAAAUAUUGUAGAAUUCAUUCAACAACAUCAAGGCAAUGCCAAAAACAAUGAAAAAAGCACAGAAAAACAAUGAAAAACUUUCUUAAGUAUAGUUGGAAGUAAAAAAUAUACUGUAGAAAAUCAAAUAACAAAAAUAGAUAACAAAUAAUUGUCAACUUUCAAUUAGUAAAUUUGCUUAUUCCUUUGGUUUAAGCUUUGUUCAAACACAAAAUUAAGACGAACGAUGAAAUAAAAAGGAAUAAACUUAUAAAAAGUGCGCUUUAAAGAAAGUUGAGCUAAAGUAAAAGUUAGAAACAAUAUGUAUAAAGAAUAAAUAUUAAAAUAGAUUAAAGUAAUAAAUGAAUAUUUAUUAAAA